AUGGUUGUCUCUGAAUCAAAGUGGAUUAAUAGAAGAAAGAUACUGUGCUUGUUUUCUUCUUUUUUCUCUUGCACCCAAGACCAAAAUAAGCUCAAAUGUGAAUCUCAGGAAGUUAAAAAAAAUCUUUGGAGAGACAAUCAGAGGUGCAGGGAUGAAAACAAAGCUCUUAGAAGAGAAAACAAGUCCCUCUGGGGAGAAAACAAAUUUCUCCGAAGAGAAAAUAAAGCCUUCCGAAUGGACAACCAGUUAAUCCGGGAAAAGAAUCAGGCCCUGAGACAGCAAAACCAGGUUCUAUGGAAAUUUAAUAACGUGAUUUUCGAAAGCCAAAAACCACUUGGGGUAAAAAUGAACGCAUUGAGCACAGAAAGAAAGUCUUUAUGGCAACAGAAUCGAGCCCUGGAAGCUCAGAUGAAAGCUCUCCAGGAGCAGGAGACAGCCUUCCAGAAUGAGGCAAAAGCUCUUCAAGAAGAAAUAAGGUCUCUCCAUGAGAAGAUCAAGGCCCUGCAACAUCAGGAGAGAGGAAUCAAGAUGGAGGAACUAGCCCUGAUGAAAGAAGAAAUAGCGCUAGAGAUGGAAGAACAGGCUCUGUGGAAGGAGGAACAGGCCCUUCGUGAGGAGAACAAGGCGCUCAGAGAAGAAAAUGGAGCUCUUCAAGAGGAGGAAAAAGCCCUUCUUGAAGAGGCAAAGGUGCUUGAGCAGUGGAAUAAGGUUCUUCAAGGAAAAGACAGCAAGCAUUCUUGCUGGAAAAAUGCACAAUAA